AUGAAGUCCUUCUCUGUGAUCUUAGUUCUUGCCGUCGUGGUAGCUGUAUCUGGCAGCGAGCGUCCAAAGCGUUCUUUGGAUGCUUUGCUGAGCCUUAAAUCGAGCCUUUUGGGUUCUUUGGGAGGUGGUGGCGGCGGUGGCGGCGGCGGUGGUGGCGGCGGUGGUGGCGGCGGCGGUGGAUACUCUGGUGGAUCAUCCGGUGGAUACUCCGGUGGUUCAUCCGGUGGAUACUCCGGUGGUUCAUCCGGUGGAUAUUCCGGUGGAUCAUCAUACAGUGCUCCUUCUGUCGUCUACGUUAAAGAAGUUAGCUCCGGCGGUGGAUCAUAUGGAGGUGGAUAUAGCGGCGGUCAUCAAUCAGAAGGCUACUCCGGUGGAUACUCCGGCGGUUACUCCGGUGGUUCAGGAGGUGGUUACUCAAGCGGAGGCUACUCAAGCGGUGGCCACUCAGGCGGUGGUUACUCAAGCGGUGGCUCAGCUCCAAUCACCAUUGUUAAAGUUAUCGGUUCCGGUGGUAGCGGCGGUGGAUACUCCAGCGGUGGAUACUCCGGCGGUGGUUACUCUGGCGGCCAUGGAGGUAGCUCAUACGGUGGCAGCUCAUAUGGAGGCAGUUCAUAUGGAGGCAGCUCAUACGGCGGUGGCUCCCAUGGAGGCUACAGCUCCGGAGGUUACGGUGGCGGCAGUUCCAGCCCUAAAUUAUCUAUCAUCAAGAUUAUCAGCAGCGGAGGAGGCGGUGGUGGCUACUCAAGUGGAGGUAGUGGCGGUAGUGGAGGUGGUUACUCCAGUGGAGGUUACUCCAGCGGAGGAGGAUACUCCUAUGGUGGUGGUCGCGGUGGUUCCUCAAGCGGAGGCUGGGGUAAAUCAGGAUGGUAGAUAUAACAACGAAAACGACCGAAGUUUAAUUUAUUAAAAUUAUUUCCUGCGAUGAAGUGCAAAUAAAUAUAACUUAAAAUUAAUG